CCCUGGCAACCAUCACUCUUUGGAAUCCUCACCAUCACCAUCACUCCACUCAACUACCCCUUUCACUACAUUGCUCGGUGUGUGUUCACCAGCUGUCUGAAGGUGUGAAGAAUGUUUGCCCCUCCGGCGGCCCUACCCCUCACCAUGGCCCCUCUGCCCCUGACCAGCCCUGUUGGAGGGGGCUACUUAGGUGCGUACCUCACCUCAUCAUUGCCACCCCUAUAUAUAGGAGCAAGGCCUACUGCAACAGAAACUCAACUCUCACUUCCUGGCAUCGCAGAGGGCAAAGCGAGAAGGCCACGCCCUUGCCACGUCCUUGCCACGCCCUUGCCACGCCCUUGCCACGUCCUUCCUGGAUACACACUCUAUUGCUCCACCCACCUACCAACACACUGAAAUCUUCCGACACACACACCGUCACACAAACCAACACCAGCAUCAGCACCAACACAAACACCGACACACCUUCGGUUCUUUCACCCCAGCAAUGCUGCCCCCCACCACCCUGCCUAUGAAACCAGAGAAAUGGGGUUCCAUGCAUGUGACCAUCGCCUGGAAGGUCUACAGCCACCAGCAGAAAGUAAAGCAGCAGAUGUCGCCUGAGUCACAUGAACUGGACUGUGGGCUACAGCAGGGCCAGAAGCCACACCCCCUCAGACCUUUUGCUCUUAAGGGACCCCUGCAGCCUCAUGACCUGCCCCACCCCUCCUUGCUCCUCGCCAGAACAGGUUCCACACACCUCUCAGUCCCUGUGUCUGGACCUCCUGCUGGUCCUCCCCUGGGCUCCUUCCUCCCUCCUCAGAUAGUGCAUCAAGACAGGAGAAUAUCAACCUCAGAUUUGAGCCGAACGACAGAAUCCUGGAGCCGACUUCAGCAUCCCCCAUCACCUUUUCCCACCGCCCCCCAGGGGCUGGGCAUUAAGGCUCAGCAACACAUGCGUAGCUCAGUCCAGAGACACCUGAUGAGCUCAAGCCCGAUGCCUCUCAUGAGUUCAGCCAAGAGACCCCUAACAAGUUCAGCUCAGAUGCACCUAACGCAGAGGUCGGGAACCUUUUUAGCUGGGAGAGCCAUAAAUACCAAACAUUUUUAUUUUCGUUAAGAGCCUCAAUAUUGCGCCAUAAUUGUUAGAUUAAAUUCUGUACAGUUUCUCUUGAUGGCUUUGAUGCGCUUAAUGAAACUGGGAUCCACAUGAUCUUGAGCUUCACCCUCCUAGCACAGCAGAAGUCAUCUCUUCCAAAUGUGUUCAUUGGUUUAACACAGUUUGUAUAUCUUUUUUAAAACAUUUAACAGUUCUCAUACAGACUCCAAACUCCAUUGGAUUACCUGUGUUGAACAAAUUGAAAAAAAUAUUCACAGCUAAUAGAUAUUGUUUGCAAAUUGCUUGAAAUGUCAAUGUGUGAAUCUCCUUUGCAGAAUUCUUCAAUCAGCAAUCAUUCACUAUCCAUAAGAGAUAUACAGCCUCUGUCAUUUGAAAACAUGGAUCAAAGGCACAUUUAGAGAAAGUACUGUUUCACCUAUUUAGUCCAGGUUUUUGUCAAUGAAAUGUAUUAUUUACUAUUUUAAUGAAAAAUGACAAGUUGUAGUUCCAUGAAAUUUGUCUAGGUGCUUACUGUAGGUGUCAAGUCAAUGACAGCUGCAUCUUGGGAGGAAUGAAUACAAUUCAUUUUUUAUUCAUUUUGUCUUUUUUCAGUUUUUCUGAUUUCAGAAAAAUGAGAA